AUGGCCUCACUCAAAAAUCAACUCGCCACACUUGCCCAAUCCAAUCCAGAAACAGGGAGACUCAAGAACCCGGGCCGCCGAGACUCCUACAUUUACUCGCCCUCACAGGCUGCCAAGCUAACAAUUGACCAAGUUCAUCAGAUCGGUGUCGAUGGCUUCCAACAAAUCUCACUCUACGAUCGCCUCUUUCAAAAGUUCAACCAACCCCUCUUUGGAGAGGCUACCAAACGCAUCGACCGAACUCUCUUGGACCCCAAUGAGGCUAAAUUAUUGACUACAACCAUUGAAGAAUUCCUGAUUCGACUGUCUCCCUACCUCUUGAGCAAACCUAGUGCACACGUGCUUGAGUGGCUCGUCAGGAGAUUCCGUUCUGGCCAUGCUCCACAUCAUUCGCCUCAAAUCUCAUCCCCAUUUUCAAUUCCUUCGAUCAGUCCAAAAGUCACGCACUGGUUUACCGCAUAA